CGCUCCGCCCCUCGCGCUCAGUGCGCCUCGCGCCUCUUCCUCCUCAUGGCUGCUCCUCUCUUUCCUCUCUACCUGGGCCUGGACUUCAGCACCCAGCAGCUGAAGGUUGUCGCCAUCGAUGGCGACCUCAGCGUGGUCCAUCAGGACGCCGUCCAGUUCGACUCUGAGCUGCCCCACUACAGGACUCAGGGUGGAGUUCAUAUCCAUGCUGACAAACUGACCGUCACCUCACCGGUGCUCAUGUGGGUCCAGGCUCUGGACCUGCUGCUGGACAAGAUGAAGAGGGCUGGGUUUGACUUCUCCAGGGUGGAAGCGUUAUCUGGCAGCGGCCAGGUGAGAGCCCAGCGCUUCACAGGGAACCAGAUCUCCAAACUUCUGCAGACCCGUUCGGACCAGUUCCAGGACACAGAGAGGAUCUCGCUGGUGAGCAGCUUUGCGGCCUCUCUCUUCCUCGGUGGUUAUGCCGCCAUCGACUACAGCGACGGUUCUGGGAUGAAUCUGCUGGACAUCCGGGCCAGAAACUGGUCUCAGAUCUGCCUGGAAGCAACAGCUCCUGACCUGGACCGACUGCUAGGAGCUCCUCUUCCCUCCACGGCUGUACUGGGUUCUGUCUCCUCAUACUUUGUGCAUCGGUUUGGUUUCUCUGAGAGCUGCCGGGUGGUGGCGUUCACCGGAGACAAUCCAGCAUCUCUGGCUGGAAUGAGGCUCCAUCAGGGCGACAUGGCUGUCAGUCUGGGGACCAGCGACACGGUGUUCCUGUGGCUCCAGGAGCCCCGGCCGGCCCUUGAGGGCCACGUCUUCUGCAACCCUGUGGAGCUGCAGGCCUACAUGGCCCUGCUGUGCUUUAAGAACGGGUCCCUGACCAGAGAGCGGGUCCGGAACCAGUGUGCUGCAGGGUCCUGGGAAGCUUUCUCUGAUGCUUUGAAGGAGACGCCGCUCGGAAACAACGGGAACAUCGGCUUUUAUUUUGACACCAUGGAGAUCACUCCUCCCGCCGUUGGCGUCCAUCGCUUCGACUCAAACGACCGUGAGGUGUCCCAGUGGAGUCCUGAGGUGGAGAUCAGGGCUCUGGUUGAGGGUCAGUUUCUGUCCCGCAGGCUCCACGCCGAGCGACUCGGAUACUCCAUCGUUCCAGGAACCAGAGUUCUGGCCACCGGAGGAGCUUCUGCCAACCAGCAGAUCCUGCAGGUUCUGUCUGACGUGUUCAACGCCCCGGUUUACACCAUCGACCUGUCCGACUCCACCUGCUUAGGCUCCGCCUACCGAGCUCUGCAUGGUCUGGUGGCAGAUUCUGGUGUCUCCUUCCUGGAUGUUGUGAAGAAAGCUCCGGAACCUCAGCUGGUCUGCACCCCCCACCCUACAGCACAGCAGGGCCUCUGUCCUGUAGGGCCGUCCUCCAGGAGAGGGGCCCUAGAAGGCAGGGGCCCAAGAAGGCAGGGGCCCAAGAAGGCAGGGGCCCUACAGGACAGGGGCCCUAUAGGACAGGGGCCCUACAGGACAGGGGCCCUACAGGACAGGGCCCCUAGAAGGCAGGGGCCCAAGAAGGCAGGGGCCCUACAGGACAGGGGCCCAAGAAGGCAGGGGCCCAAGAAGGCAGGGGCCCUACAGGACAGGGGCCCUAUAGGACAGGGGCCCAAGAAGGAAGCUGGAGUCCCUGAGGAGGACGGUGCAGCUUGA